AUGCCGCCACGACGGGCAGGUCAGCCCUUCCGCCGGGUAGGAAAGCUGGGCAACACAUCAUAUGGCCCACGGAAACCAAAGACAGUGGAUGCCUCCUCAUUACGUAGUGGGGAAGGAACAUCACAGAACGAGAAACUCGAAGCCACACGCCUAGCAAACCGUAUCGAUGAGUCCAUGGGCUUUGCGCGCUUUGAGUCUGGGAAGAAGAAGGUGGGAUGGCUCGUCAACAUGCACUCGACUGCGCUAGAAGACGAGAAUGUACCUGGAGGCAGAGCCGGUGUGGACUUCUACUUUAUCGGCGAGGAGGGCGACACAUUCAAGGCGACCCUGGAAUACGACCCAUAUUUCUUACUGGCUGUAAAGAAGGGAAGAGAACAAGAAGUAGAGGAAUUCUGCCGAAGAUCCUAUGAAGGCUUGAUUAAGAAUAUAAAACGUGUCGAGAAGGAGGAUUUGAGCAUGCCAAAUCAUCUUACGGGAUACCGAAGAACGUUCCUGCAGUUGUCAUUCGCAAACGUCAAUGAUCUCCUAGCUGUAAGGAAAGUGGUUACUCCAGUGAUUGAAAAGAACAAGAAAAAUAUCAAUGCUAUGGAUACCUACGCAGAAGUCGCCAGCGGGAAUGUUGGCAUGGACUUUUUCGAUAAUGACGAUUACGAACAUGAGAAACGAUUUACGACCACAGUUGACGCCAGCGAUUUUAUUGUAGACAUACGGGAGUACGACGUGCCCUAUCACGUGCGAGUGGCCAUCGACAAAGAUGUGCGAAUUGGAAACUGGUAUACAGUCGAAGCGAAGCACGGUAUCAUUACCAUCACCUGUAUAGAGGAUCGGCUUACGCCUGCGGACCCUGUUGUUAUGGCCUACGACAUCGAAACUACAAAACUACCCCUGAAGUUUCCAGACGCUGUCAUCGAUCAGAUUAUGAUGAUUUCCUAUAUGAUUGACGGGCAGGGUUUCUUGAUCACGAAUCGCGAGAUUGUGUCGGAAGAUAUCGCAGAUUUUGAAUACACGCCGAAACCGGAAUACCAGGGGCCGUUCAUGAUUUUCAACGAGCCAGACGAGAAGGCUGUGAUUGAGCGGUUCUUCGAACACAUCAAAGAAGCUCAACCAACAGUCAUGGUAACCUACAACGGAGACUUCUUCGAUUGGCCAUUUGUGGAAGCACGAGCUAGUGUUUUGGGCAUCGACAUGUACCGAGAAAUUGGUUUCAAGAAGAACAGCGAGGACAUCUAUCAAUCGAACUACUGUGCACACAUGGACGCUUUCUCAUGGGUCAGCCGUGACAGUUACCUCCCACAAGGAAGUCGUGGUCUGAAAGCGGUUACAAUGGCUAAGCUCGGAUAUGAUCCCGAUGAGCUGGACCCUGAACUGAUGACACCAUACGCUGCUGAACGACCUCAGACACUCGCAGAAUAUUCAGUCUCUGAUGCUGUUGCAACCUACUAUCUGUACAUGAAAUAUGUGCAUCCAUUUAUUUUCGCUCUGUGCAAGAUUCUUCCGCUGGGACCAGACGAUGCGCUGCGAAAGGGUACCGGUACUCUUUGCGAAAUGCUGUUGAUGGUUCAGGCUUACCAGAAAGGCAUUGUCCUGCCCAACAAGCAUCAGGCACCGAAAGAAGCUUUCUGGGAAGGACAUUUGCUGGAGUCUGAGACUUACGUCGGUGGUCACGUCGAAGCGCUCGAAGCAGGCGUUUUCCGAAGCGACAUUCCAUACAACUUCGCUGUCGAUCCUACUGCCAUUGAUGAACUACUUCGUGACCUCGACGCCGCGCUGAAGUUCAGCAUUGAAGUUGAAGAGAAGAAGAAGCUGGAGGAUGUUACCAACUACGACGAGAUCAAAGCUGAGAUUGUUGAGAAACUAUUACAGCUUAAAGCCACUCCGAAUCGGAGCGAACGACCAUUGAUCUACCAUUUGGACGUCGCAUCGAUGUAUCCCAACAUCAUGACCACGAAUAGACUGCAGCCCGAUUCUAUGAUCAAGGAGGCGAACUGUGCCGCCUGCGACUUCAAUCGCCCGGGCAAAACUUGCGAUCGCCGAAUGCCAUGGGCUUGGAGAGGAGAGUAUUUGCCAGCCAAGCGGGACGAAUACAACAUGGUUCGCAACGCCUUAGAAAAUGAGAAGUUUCCUGGCAAGUAUCCGAACUCGCCAAUGCGAACAUUUCAACAGUUGUCAGAAGAUGAACAAGCCGAGAAAGUGAGGAAGCGUUUGACCGAUUACUCCAAAAAGAUCUACCACAAGGUUCACGACGCUACCACCAUUGAGCGCGAAGCCAUCAUUUGCCAGCGCGAGAACCCAUUCUACGUUGACACUGUCAGUGGUUUCCGUGACCGUCGGUAUGACUUCAAGGGCAAGCAGAAGGUGUGGAAGGGCAAGACUGAGGCGCUGAAAUCUGCUGGUGCCUCCGCAACGGAGAUUGAGAACGCAAAGAAGAUGAUUGUCCUCUUUGACUCUAUGCAAUUGGCCCACAAAGUCAUUCUCAACUCUUUCUACGGAUACGUUAUGCGAAAGGGUUCCCGAUGGUACUCUCUCGAGAUGGCUGGCGUGACAUGCUUGACAGGCGCGCGCAUUAUUCAACUGGCUCGAUCGCUGGUAGAACGAAUCGGACGGCCUCUAGAGCUGGAUACCGAUGGUAUCUGGGCAAUCUUGCCUGCCACAUUUCCAGAGAACUUUGCGUUCAAGCUCAACAACGGAAAGAAGCUGGCAAUCUCCUAUCCUUGUACCAUGUUGAACCAUUUGGUACACGCGCAGUACACGAACCAUCAAUACGAAACUCUUGUAGACCCGCAGACAUUCCGGUACGAGAAGCACAGCGACAACUCUAUCUUUUUCGAAGUCGACGGACCGUACAAGGCCAUGAUUUUGCCUACAUCAAAGGAAGAGGACAAGAAUUUGAAGAAGCGUUAUGCAGUCUUCAAUCACGAUGGCAGCCUGGCUGAACUGAAGGGGUUUGAAGUAAAGCGACGUGGUGAGUUGAAGCUCAUCAAGAAUUUUCAGUCUCAAAUUUUCAAAUUCUUCUUGGAAGGCACGACACUGGAAGAAACUUAUGGAGCAGUCGCAAAGGUUGCGAAUCGAUGGCUCGACAUUCUGGACACUCGUGGAGCCAACCUUGCAGAUGAAGAACUUAUUGAUCUCAUUGUCGAGAACAAAAGCAUGGCAAAGACGUUGGAGGAGUAUGGAGCGCAGAAGUCGACAGCUAUCACAACUGCAAAACGUCUUGCUGAGUUCUUGGGUGAGCAAAUGGUGAAGGACAAGGGCCUGAAUUGCAAAUACAUUAUCUCGAAGACGCCAAGGAACGCUCCCGUCACGGAACGCGCCGUUCCAAUGUCCAUCUUUUCCGCCGAAGAGUCCGUAAAGCGCUAUUUCCUCAGGAAAUGGUUGAAGGAGGAUCCUGGAGAAAUGGACAUUCGCGCUGUCCUGGACUGGGACUACUACCGCGAGCGUUUGGCAUCUGUAAUUCAGAAGCUCAUAACCAUCCCGGCAGCGUAUCAGAAAGUACGCAACCCCGUCCCUCGGGUGCCGCAUCCAGAAUGGCUGGACCGCCGAAUUCGACAGAAAGAAGACAAGCUCCAACAAGUGAAGAUGACGGACAUGUUCAGCAAGAAGGUCCUCACAAACAGUGAUGCCAACAUUGCAAACAACAAAAUCUCUGGUGAUCUUGAAGACUUUGGCGUUACAAAGCUUACUCAGACUCAAGCGCAGGUAAAGAAGGGCAUCGUCACCAAGAUGGUCGCAAAGCGAAAAGAGCCGGAACCAGCGGUGCCUGUCCAGACUGACCCGUAUGCCGCAUUGCCCAAAGUCAUGCCGUCCAUCAACAGUGACUACCCUGGCUGGUUGGUGUAUCAGAAGCAGAAGUGGAAGAUUCAAAAACAAGCAAGGAAACGCAGACGUCAGCUAUUCGGUGAGAAGCAAGUCGAUGCUUCUGACGCCAUCGGAACAUUCUUCCGGAACCAAGCUGAGCUGCUCUUCAUCAGCACAUGGCAGCUUGUCCAGCUGCGGCCGACAGAGACGCCAGGGGAAGUAAGAGCUUUCGUCUUGAUUGACAAGAAAAUUCAUACACUCAAGAUAAUCGUGCCACGGCAACUGUAUCUCAACUUGCGAAGCGAAGAUCUUCCAGACGUCUCAAUCACCGGCUGCUCGGUCGAAAAGGUCGUCAACCACACACUGCCAAAUGGCCACCCUUCCAUUCACCUUUUCAAGCUGGAAAUGCCUGAGGCAACAUACGUACACGAGUCAGAAAGCAUAUCCGCUUUACUCAACCAUCCCAGUGUCGAAGGUUUGUACGAAAGGCAGGUGCCUCUUAAUAUCCGAGCGAUUCUCGAGCUAGGUAGCACAUGCACAUUCGAUGAGUCCCAAAAGGGUGUUCUUGGCAAGGGUCUGGAGCAAGGUUUCGGCCUCUCAGCGUUGCGAAAGGUCCCUACCAAACAGCCCUAUCUCGCAGACGCACCGUUCAACUACCUCUACUUGUACCAUGUCAGUAGCGGGGAUCGGAACAUCUAUGCCAUCUUUUCGACAUCUAAAAGUGAUGCGCAUAUCAUCAUCCAGAAUAAGUCAAAAGACUCCCAGGGGAUGCCGAACGUAGAUCGUAUCUACAGUGAUGCCUUACAGCGACGUCUGGAUGAGAACGAGGGCGGCCCGUGGCAGACCACGAUUGAAUAUCAGGACAACAUCCAUUUCAAGACCACCAUGGUGACAACACGGCGCAAGGCUCUGCUCGAGAUUGGCGACAUCAUCAAAAGGAUGAAGGCAGAUGAGGGUCGGCCCACCAUUGUGGUAAUGCAAUCACCCAACCAAGCUCUGCUCACGCACGAUAUCCCAAUCAUGAAGGAUCUUCCCAUCCUGCCGCUUCAGGCAGAUGAGACCGACAAGCAGCUACCUCCAUUGGGAUGGCAAUCUUUUAUCGCAAAGCGACUUGUCGGUCACUACCUCGAUUUGGGCUCGUGGGUAACGCAUCUCCUGGAGCUCGCUCGUUACGGCGAUAUCCCGCUCUGCAAUCUCGAAAGCAAUGAUCCACGGUUCCUCAUCGACGUCGCGUACGCGCGGCGACUGCAGAAAGAUCGUGUUAUUCUAUGGUGGUCUGGGCAAGCUAAGCCAGAUCAUGCUGGAUAUGAGAAAGAUGACAUCUUUGCGCCGCUGGAGACGGUGGAGAUGCCUUCGAUCAAUAAUUCUGGCACCUACUCGUCUGUCUGCAUCGAUAUUAAUUUGCGCAACCUCGCUAUCAAUACCAUUCUAUCAUCCUCGUUGAUCAACGAGCUUGAGGGCGCGGACUCCGUAUCGUUCAAUCCUGCUGCCCCGUCGUAUGAUUCCGCAGGCGAUGGAACAAGCACCAUCUACUCAGAUAAUGCGUUUGCAAGCGCCGGUAUCACAGUUCUGCGCGAGAUGGUAAAGGCUUGGUGGUUCGAAGCUGUACAGGCGGGCCACGGCUUCAGCAUGGCAGAUGUCAUGGUCCAACAUCUCGUGCGGUGGGUCAGCAGUCCUGGCUCCUUCCUCUACGAUAGGUCUUUGCACUACUAUGUGCAGAUAAUGUCCAAGAAGACGCUACAGCAAUUGAUGACAGACUUCAAACGUGUGGGCUCGCAUAUUGUAUUCGCCAGCCCCAAUCGCCUCUUGCUUCAGACUACAAAAGCGGAAGUUGGCAACGCCUACGCCUAUAGCCAGUACAUUAUCAAGACCAUCAAGGCUAAACCACUUUUCCAGUUCAUGGAACUUGAUAUCAAAGAAUACUGGGAUUAUCUCGUGUGGUACGACGAAUUCAACUACGGCGGCAAAGGUUGCAGCGAAGUCGAUGAAGAGGAAAACCAAACUAUCAACAACAUCAUGUGCUGGCAACUCGCACAGUUUCUUCCACCAACCCUCCAACCAGUCUUCAACGACUGGGUCAUCGAGUUCAUAGAGCUCAUGCACGCACGGAAACGUCCAGCCGUGACAGACCCCAGCUCCACGCCCCGUGUUACGCAAAUCCCCCUUCGCCCUCUCACCAUCGACCCCUACGAGCAAACCCAGAUCCUGCCCAAAACCUUCACCAAACCGCUCUUCAAGCAAAUCUCCACGCUCCUGCGCCGCCAACACGCCGAGAUUCUCCACCCAGAGCUGGCGGGCGACUACGAGUUCCCCAAACUUCCGGGUUCGCAUCUCAAGCUGUCGAACCCCGUGUUGCAACUGGUGAAGAGCAUCAUGCAAGUCCUCAGCCUAGACCGCGCCAUUACUCUAGAAGCUCGUCUGCUUCGCAAAGAACUUCUUGCCCUCUUUGAUAUCCGCGAAUUCAGCGCCGAAGCUACCUUUCAGAACCCCAGCGCCACGCUCGUCGUGCGCGGCCUGAUCUGCGAUGACUGUACGUGCUCGCGCGACUUGGAUCUCUGCCGCGAUGCCUCGCUCUUGCCACCUGUGCUGGACAACGGAGGUGCGGAUACAGCGCCGCCGCCGCCGCCGAAAUGGAAGUGUGACAAUUGCGACGCGAGUUAUGACAAGUUGCGGAUUGAAGAGCACUUGGCCAGCGAGGUGCAGAAGGUUGUACUAGAGUGGUGCACACAAGAUUUGAAGUGUAGCAAGUGUAAACGGCUCAGGAGUAACGAGUUUAUGGAGCAUUGUGCCUGUGCGGGCGAGUGGGUGGGGACGAAGAGCAAGGCUGAUGUCAAGAAGAGAUUACUGGUGUAUCAGAAUGUGAGCGGGUUUUAUGGGUUGAGGAUGUUGGAGGCGGUUGUACAGGAAUGUUUGGAUGGCCUGUAG